CUCCCGUCGUCUCGACGCAAACCCCAGCCGCCGUCACGUCACGCCCCCAUGGCCAUGGCCACCCCCGCCGCCUGCUACCGUACGCGCCGCCUCUUCAGCAUCUUGUCCACGGCGACUCCGUGCGCUCGGCCACCCAACAAUUUGGUGCCCGAACCCGCGCCGGCCCAGAAAGCGGCAGCCGGCGAGGCGGAGGCGAAACCCAAGGCGGGCCGCAACCGCCGGAAUCCCCUCGGCAAAAUCAUGCGGGUCAUUUCCGAGGAGCGCGAUCCGGACAAGCUGGUAUCCCAGUUCAUCGCCGCGUCCACGGCGUCUCCACGCUUCCGCGACAACCGCCGCGUGUACGAGGUGGCCGUGUCUCGCCUUGCCUCCUUCGGCCGCCGCGACGCCGUCGCGGCCCUCCUCGACUCACAGAAGCCCUUCCUCGAGGCCUCCAACGAGGACUUCACCGUGCGCAUCCUGCGCCUCUAUGGCCGCGCCUCCAUGCCGUCCCACGCCGCCGCGACCUUCGUUGGCCUUCCCCCGAAGCACAAGUCCGUCGCGGCCUUCAACGCCCUCCUCGCCGCAUACGUCGACACCGGCGACUUCGAUUCUCUCGCCAUUGCGUUGGACGAGAUCCCGGGCUCUCAGAAAGCCGAACCCUCGGCCGCCCUCGAUGUCAUUUCGCUCAUGGACAAGUGCGGUCUGACCCCCGAUAUGGUAUCUUUCAACUCUCUGCUUAAUGGGUUUUACAACAAUGGUCGCUUUGACAAGGCCGAGAAAAUCUGGGAGAUGAUGAAGGAGAGGAAUCUUCAGCCGAACGCAAAGACCUACAAUGCAAAGCUUCGGGGUUUGGUUGCUGAAGGGAGAAUGGAGGAUGCAGCUGCUGUGAUUCAGAGGAUGCUCAAGGAAGGGCCUAAACCUGAUUCAGUAUCCUACAAUGAGCUGAUUCGAGGGUACUGCAAAGAAGGGAGGUUGGAUGAGUCCAAGAAGGUAUAUGAUGAGCUGGUAAAGAAUGGAUAUGCACCAAAUAAAGGCACAUUUGAAACCCUCAUACCAUGUCUUGUGGAGGUCGGGGAGCUUGAUCUUGCUCUAAAUUGUUGUCAGGAGAUCUUUAAUAGGAAGUGCAGAGUGAAAUGUUCAUUGCUGCAGGCAGUAGUGACCGCAUUAGUUGCUGCAUCCAGAGUCGAGGAGGCCAGAAGGAUUGUUAAGCUUGGGUGGAAGAACAACUAUCCUCCAAGGCAUUUGAAUAUACCAGCACUUAAGGGAAAAGACAAUAAUGUUGAUGCUGAGACUGACUGCAAUGAUUCUGUACCGUAUGAAGAGGGGAGUGAGGAGGAAGUGGAGUCUAAAAUUGCUUGAUGGUGAGGAGGAUAUAUUUUUGAAGGAUCGCCAAGAAGCUGCUGGGGAACACGUGCAUCAACUCGGCGCCGCUGUUGAUGGACGAAGAUUGUGGACAAGAAGGCCGAGCUGACUGAGGCACUGAGCUGGAUCUCCAGCUGCUUAUGCUAAUGACGCACAGACUGUGAUUCUGUAAUCGGUGACACAGUCUGUAGUACAGACACAGUUUGCGUUCAAAAACUUUUUUAAUUUUGAUACUGUAGCACUUUCGUUUUUAUUUAACAAACAUUGUCCAAUUAUGGAGUAACUAGACUUAAAA